AUGGCGAGCAAGAACACAUACUGCACGGAACAAGGAAACCUAUCAGGAGUAAAGUUCUCAAAUAAUCUAGUGAUAACCGACACCUAUACUCGAUUUCCAGAGCGUGGCCUUCUUUCGAACGGCAGGUUAGCCCCUGAUUGGAGUAAACAAUGGUUGGUAAGCAUUGGCGCAGUUAUGAAAGCUAGUAACACCGAGAUACGCAAUCAGCAACUCAUUGAAGGUGUUAGGCAGCUCGAUAUCCGAUUGAUAAUGCCUCACGACGAUCCAUUGUUUCUCUACACACAGCGUCCUAUGUACUGUGGAAUAGUUGCUCUCAGAUUAUCGAUGAGCUACGACGAGGCCGGUCUCGCCCAUUUUGAUUAUCACCUCGUCAUGAUCUUCACAGCACAUCUGUACCAUGAAUGUGUAAGAACCAACUUUAUUCUGAAAAGACGGCCAGCAAUGGAAACAAUGAUAAAGCUACACAGGAAGGAAAUUUUAGAUGAAAACGUGCCAAAGUCCGCAGACGAGGUAUACAAUAUAUUCUCCAAACACUUUCUCCUCUCUAAGGUUUCAAAUCGAGAAUAUACCAGAGCAAAACCUUCACUGAAUUUGACAAUGCUGAAAUUAUCAAGAAAUACUCUCAGUCAGGCUAUCCGUCCAUUUCUGGAGCACCAAGCCGCUUUCAACGAAGCCACCAAUAAUUUCCAGAACCUAGUCCAAGAACUCCCAUCGGCACGCAUUAUGAGCGACAAAUAUCGACGUGUGAAGCGACAACUUACUUCCUUACAAUUGCUUCGUGUUUUGGAAGACUUUCUGCCCGAUGAGAUGCUGAAAAUUCAAUUCGAUUACAUCGCUUUGACAAUCGUUUGUUAUCGUCUAUUGGAGAAAAUUCGAUUGGGAAUCGAUCCCACUGAAAAACAAAAUCCGAAGCGUAUGUUGUCAACUGAAAUAGAACCGGCAUAUUUGUUUAUGACUUUGGAUACACUAUCUAAAGGGAGGACUGGAGGCGAAAAUCCAUUGUUGAAAAUUGCAGCGGGGGUAUCAGACAAGUUUUUCGAGGAAAUUUUGAAUAGUUAA